AUGGCGUCGCUGCACCGGCUGGCGGGGACGAGCGCGGGCGGCGAGGCCGGCGGGCUGGUGCGCGGCGCCGCCGAGCAGCACCUGUUCAAGGCGCCCGCGCCGCGCGCCUCGCUGCUCGGCCUCGACCUGCUGGCCGCGCAGAAGCGGCGGCAGCGCGAGGAGGCGGCGGGCGCCAAGCGCUCGCGCGUCUCCUCCUUCCGCGACUGGGAGGAGGGCCGGGACGAGGCCGGCAGCCCCGCCGAGGAGGACGGCGCCGAGGAUAGCGGCACGGCCGGGCGCGGCGCCCGCGCGGACAGGCAUUACCGCUCUGCCCGUGUGGAAACACCUUCCUACACAGGGGGCGUCAGCGAGGAGUUCUGGGAACGCAGUCGGCAGCGGGAAAAGGAGCGUCGGGAGCAAGGUGUCUUUGCUUCCUCCAAGGAGGAAAAGGAACGAAAGAAGGAGCGCAGUAAGGAUCGGGAUCAUGAGCGCAAACGGGAUCGAGAGGAGCGGGACCGAAGUCGUCACAGCAGCAGAUCAGAGAGGGAUGGUUCAUCAGAGCGGAGCAGCAGGAGGAGUGAACCAGAGAGUCCCAGACACAGACCCAAAGAUGCAGCCACACCAUCUCGCUCCGGCUGGGAGGAAGAGGAUAGUGGCUACAGCAGUACUCGCCGCUCACAGUGGGAGUCUCCCUCACCUACACCUUCCUAUCGGGAUUCUGAGCGCAGCCACAGGACAUCAUCCACACGAGACACAGAUCGAAGAGAUCGGGACAGGUCUGUGAGAAGCAGGUACUCGGAUAAGACGCCAUUGCCCACCCCGUCGUACAAGUAUAAUGAGUGGGCUGAUGACCGGAGGCACUUGGGGGCCACACCACGGCUGUCCAGAGGAAAAGGGCGGCGUGAGGACGGGGAGGAGGGCAUCGCCUUUGAGACAGAGGAGGAGCGGCAGCAGUGGGAGGAUGACCAGCGGCAAGCUGACCGGGACUGGUACAUGAUGGAUGAGGGCUACGAUGAGUUCCACAAUCCCUUGGCCUACUCCUCAGAGGAGUACGUGAAGAAGCGGGAGCAGCACUUGCACAAGCAGAGGCAGAAGCGCAUCUCUGCACAGCGGCGGCAGAUCAAUGAGGAUAAUGAACGCUGGGAGACAAAUCGCAUGCUGACCAGUGGAGUGGUUCACCGUAUUGAAGUGGAUGAAGACUUUGAGGAGGAUAAUUCGGCCAAAGUGCAUCUGCUGGUGCACAAUCUCGUGCCCCCUUUCUUAGAUGGGAGGAUAGUCUUCACCAAGCAGCCAGAGCCAGUCAUCCCUGUCAAGGACGCCACGUCAGAUUUGGCCAUCAUUGCUCGGAAAGGCAGCCAGCUGGUGCGCAAGCACAGGGAGCAAAAGGAGCGUAAAAGGGCUCAACAUAAACAUUGGGAACUGGCAGGCACAAAGCUGGGAGACAUUAUGGGGAUCAAGAAAGAGGAGGAGAAGGAUGAGAUGGUGACAGAAGAUGGCAAAGUGGAUUACAAGACUGAGCAGAAAUUUGCUGAACACAUGAAAGAAAAAAGUGAAGCAAGCAGUGAGUUUGCCAAGAAGAAAUCAAUCUUGGAGCAGAGACAAUAUCUACCCAUUUUUGCUGUGCAGCAAGAGCUGCUCUCCAUUCUCAGGGACAACAGCAUCGUGAUUGUGGUGGGGGAGACGGGGAGUGGGAAGACGACUCAGCUGACGCAGUACCUCCAUGAGGAUGGCUACACAGACUAUGGCAUGAUUGGCUGCACCCAGCCCCGCAGAGUUGCAGCUAUGUCAGUUGCCAAGCGGGUCAGUGAAGAGAUGGGGGUGCGUCUGGGAGAGGAGGUGGGCUAUGCCAUCCGCUUUGAAGACUGCACAUCAGAGAACACGCUGAUCAAAUACAUGACGGAUGGGAUUCUUCUUCGUGAGUCGCUGCGAGAGGCUGACCUGGACCACUACAGUGCCAUCAUCAUGGAUGAGGCACAUGAACGCUCGCUCAACACUGAUGUGCUCUUUGGCCUGCUUCGGGAGGUUGUGGCCCGGCGCUCAGAUCUGAAGCUUGUUGUCACCUCAGCCACCAUGGACGCAGAUAAAUUCGCUUCCUUCUUUGGGAAUGUUCCCAUUUUCCACAUUCCUGGGCGCACGUUUCCUGUCGACAUUCUCUUCAGCAAGACCCCGCAAGAGGAUUAUGUGGAGGCAGCAGUGAAACAAGCCCUACAGGUGCAUCUCUCUGGUGCUCCUGGAGAUAUUCUUGUCUUCAUGCCUGGCCAGGAAGACAUUGAGGUGACCUCAGAGCAAAUUGUGGAGCACCUUGAGGAGCUGGAGAAAGCACCUGCUCUUGCUGUACUGCCCAUCUAUUCUCAGCUGCCCUCAGACUUGCAGGCCAAGAUCUUCCAGAAGGCUCCGGAUGGGGUCAGGAAGUGCAUUGUUGCCACCAACAUCGCAGAGACCUCGCUGACGGUGGAUGGAAUCAUGUUUGUGAUUGAUUCUGGCUAUUGCAAGUUGAAGGUUUUCAACCCCCGCAUAGGCAUGGAUGCACUGCAGAUUUACCCCAUCAGUCAGGCCAAUGCCAAUCAGAGGGCAGGUCGAGCUGGCCGGACAGGCCCCGGUCACUGCUUCAGGCUCUACACCCAGAGCGCCUACAAGAACGAGCUUCUGACCACCACAGUGCCUGAAAUCCAACGCACCAAUCUUGCCAACGUGGUGCUUUUGCUCAAGUCUCUGGGUGUGCAGGACCUGCUGCAGUUCCAUUUCAUGGAUCCACCCCCUGAGGACAACAUGCUGAACUCCAUGUACCAGCUGUGGAUCCUGGGCGCACUAGAUAACACAGGUGGUCUGACCUCUACGGGACGUCUUAUGGUGGAGUUCCCACUGGAUCCUGCUCUCUCCAAAAUGCUCAUUGUCUCUUGUGAUAUGAGUUGCAGUUCUGAGAUCUUGCUCAUUGUGUCCAUGCUGUCUGUGCCUGCCAUCUUCUAUCGCCCUAAGGGCCGAGAGGAGGAGAGUGACCAGGUGCGGGAGAAAUUUGCUGUCCCAGAGAGUGAUCACUUGACUUACCUGAACGUUUACCUGCAGUGGAAGAACAACAACUACUCUACACUGUGGUGCAACCAGCACUUCAUCCAUGCCAAGGCCAUGCGGAAGGUGCGAGAGGUGCGUGCCCAGCUCAAGGACAUCAUGGUGCAGCAGCGGAUGAGCCUGGCGUCCUGUGGCACUGACUGGGAUGUUGUCAGGAAGUGCAUCUGUGCUGCGUAUUUCCAUCAGGCUGCAAAGCUGAAGGGCAUUGGGGAGUAUGUGAACAUCCGCACAGGCAUGCCCUGCCAUCUGCAUCCCACAAGCUCCCUGUUCGGCAUGGGCUACACACCAGACUACAUUGUGUAUCAUGAACUGGUCAUGACCACCAAGGAAUACAUGCAGUGUGUCACUGCUGUGGAUGGAGAGUGGCUGGCAGAGCUGGGCCCCAUGUUCUACAGUAUCAAACAUGCUGGCAAGUCAAGCCAGGAGAACCGCCGGCGUGCCAAGGCAGAGGCGUCUCUCAUGGAGCAGGAGAUGGCUCUGGCCGAGGAGCAGCUUCGUGCCCGCCGGGAGGAACAGGAGCGCCGCAACCCGAUGGGCACCGCCAGGUCUACUAAAAUCUACACACCUGGGCGGAAGGAGCAGGGGGAGCCCUUGACGCCGCGACGCACCCCAGCCCGCUUUGGCCUCUGAGACAGCAGUGCCCACGGCUGCCAAGGCUUAGGGGCUUCCAGGAGCAGCUGAGUCUCAGGAGCCUGCCAAGCUCCACCGCUGCUCAGCUCGCUACAGCAUGUGGCCCAGCAAGGCUUCGGUGCUUGGCACUACUUUUGCUACAGAACAAAAAUAAUUUUAUUUGUUUAAAGGUUGUUAGUCUUUGACCCUUGCUUUGUUUUGUGCUGCUUCUUGUCUCGCAGACAAAUGCUGGGGGGAGGCAGCCCUACAGAGCUGUGCAGGGCUUGUGCAGUCAAGUCGCUGCCCUGCA